GGCACGAGCUACACGAAAUAAAAUUUUGCUGAAGUAGAAAAGUAGGACGGAAAUAAUUUGGAACAAGUAAAAUAGGUUAGAACAAAGGUUUUGAAAAUAAGUAUCGAAACCGCACGACAAGGAAAGAAGAAGUUAAGUGAUAUUUAAGUUUACUUGGUGUAGAAUAAGAUAAGCCUUUCAUGUAGCCGCGGACCAAAAAUCGCUUUUGACGGUGGUUGUGGUUGAGAAUGUGUGCGUGAAAGAAGAAGAACCUGUGAGAAGGACGGUGAUAAGAACCGGUGUGAAGUGUGCUAUUUUGUGCCUGAGUUUGUAUUUUAUUUUAAUACCGAAAUAUUACGACAUCCCGAUCAACUUUAGUUUGAAAUAAAUCAGAGUAAAAUCACUCAGCUCAAGCCACCCGUAAAGCAUUAUCCAGCGCCUACAUUUAGUCAAAAGCGAUUUUCUACGUUUAUGAUUCUUACUUUUAGUCAAGUUUAAGAUAUGAAGAUAUGAAGUUUGUUUAACGUAAGUAUCAUUUAACGUAAACAACGCAAGUGUAAGUCAAAGUACAUAAGAAGAUGGGAGCUGACUCUCCAAACGACCUACCGUUACGUACGGCAAAGUCCCUACGGGAAGAACUCAGAAAAAGAGGCCUGUCGACAAGCGGCAACAAGGCUGCUCUGAAAGAAAGACUGGAGAAAGCUCUAGCUGCCGAAGAGCAAGCGGAGGCAAUUGAAUGCAGAAGCUCAAUGUCACAUGCAUCUCUCGUUUCAAGUUCCUCUACCUCAAGCCAAAGAGCCCAAGAAACUCUUAAGAGGGCAGAGCUAGAGGCCAAAGUAGCUCUACUCGAAGAAAAAGAACGACUUCUUCGUGAAGAAAUGGAGCUUAAGAUGAAACGAGAGAGGCUACAGCUGCGAGAAGAAAUUGCGCUUGCUGAAGCAAGAGAAAAAGCACUUGAGAUGAGCGCGAGUGUCCUCAAUGAAGAGACCAUUCCAAGACGACAAGGCUCAGCUGCGAAUGGCGAUGACAAUGACGAUUCGCAACGAGAACUGACAGCUAUUCAAGCACUGUUAACUCAACAGAAGAGAACUCUGCUACCCCAGUCGCAGAUUCAGGCUUUCCGAGGCGAUCCUUUGGAGUAUAAAGGAUUCAUCCGCGCAUUUGAAAGCAGGAUAGUCAAAAGGACAGAAGACUGCGCGGAGCGCCUGCACUUUCUGGAUCAAUACACAGACGGAAAGCCCAACACCAUAGUGCGGAGCUACAUGCACAUUGAUCCAGUAAAGGGCUACGCUGAGGCUCGGAAGGCUCUCGACCGAAAAUACGGCGAUGACUACAAAAUAUCUAAGGCGUACGUGGAGACGCUGCUCACCUGGCCCGCGAUCAGAGCCACGGAUAUAGACGGGCUGGAGGACUUCGCUAUCAAACUGAGAGGCUGUUUGAAUGCUAUGGAAGACAUCAGCAGUCUAACUGAGGUAAACCACCCAAAGAACCUGCAGAAGAUUGUUGGCAAGCUGCCAGCCGCCCUUCAAGAGGGCUGGCGCCGGUUAGCCUUCUCUCUGACAAGACAGGACGCGAAGCCCAGCUUUCAAGAUGUCGUGGAGUUCGUGGAGAAGGAAGUGGAAGUGGCGGCCGAUCCCGUGUUUGGAACCGCUGAGAUGGCUGCUAUCUCCAGUGGAACAAAGUCAUCACCUGUAAACAGAAGAGAACAAGCUGUAAAAGUGAAGAAAUCGAAAAUUCAUGUGACGAAAACAACGGAAGAUGCAGCAAACGGCGAACUCCGCCGGCUCUGUCCGUGUUGCAAGGAAGGUCACGACCUGGAAGCGUGCCAGAAGAUGCUGCAUAAAACUACCAGCGAGAGACUGGAGCUGGUCAAGAAAAGUGGACUAUGCUUUGGAUGCCUCCGAUACGGGCACAGCUCUAGACAGUGUCGCAAAAGGAAGACAUGCUCGAAGUGCGGCUCUCGUCACCCAACUCUGCUUCACAUGGACUCAAGAAAUUCAGAAGAAGGAAGACCCGGUCCGCUGCCCGAGCCAAGAAGUGAAGUAUGCGGCGGAACGACGACGGACCGAGCCGGACCUGUCAUGUCCAUACUACCCGUGCUGGUCACGGGCAGGAACGGAAAAACAAGCCAAACGUACGCCUUUCUUGACAGUGGCAGCUCGGCAACAUUCAUCACCAACGCUCUCGCUGAGAAGUUGAAGCUAAAGGGAGAAGAAACGUCACUGGCGAUAACGACCGUGGAGCAAGACGAGCUUAAAAUCAGCAGCCAAGCCCUAACCGGACUUCAAGUAUCAAGCCUGGACGGGAGCGGCAGCGUAAAACUGCCGUGUACAUACACAAUCAAGAAGAUCCCUGUCACGAGCAGCGAUAUACCGGACGCAUCUGUCGUGCAGCAGUGGCCUCACCUCGCUGGCAUCAAGAUUCCGGUCGUGGAAGCAGAAGACGUCGGCCUGCUGAUCGGAUGUAACUGUCCUCUCGCCAUGGAGCCCUGGGACGUCGUACACUGCGAAGACGGCGGACCAUACGCCAUCAAGACCCGCCUCGGCUGGACCAGAAUGACGCAGAAGUGAAGCGACCUGCGAUAGUUUCGGUCACAAGCACCUCAGAGAAGAACCCCACAGACAGACU